GCCAGGGUGGGGUGGGUGUGUCAGAGGGAGAAGGUAGAGGUUCUACAGUGGCUCUGAGCCUGGGGAGACUAGAGACAGGCUCCCCCCGACUACCGGCCCCAGGGAGACCCAUCUUGCUGCAGAUGACAGUCGCCUCCAUCAAAUCACGUGACCAGAGCCCAAGGCUGAGCAGAAUUAUGAAUCCAGAGAGACGUGUCUAGCCUGUGUGCAUGAGGCGGGCUUCAAGUGGGGAGUGGUGGCUGGGCAGUUGGGAAGGCUUCCUGGGUGGGGUUAGGGAGGGGGCAGGAGGGACUGGUGCCGGGCCUCAGCAGAGCAGGGAAAGCAUUCCUGGAGGGGAGCAGUGUGGCCCUGAGCUGAUGAGUUCCUUUGGGAUCUGGGACAUCCCUCUUUCGCAAAGCCUAGGGCCCAGCGGGCACAGGCCUGUGUCCCUCACUCCACGGGACAAGUGAUAGGGGGCUGGCUUUGUCCCCUCCCUCCAGCAGCCUCCUGGAGUGUGAAUGCUCUCUGGGCCUCCUGGACAGGGGUGAAGAAGCAGAUGGGAAGGAGUCAGCCUUAGAAUCAAGAGGCCUAGCUUCUGGCUUUGGCUGUGACCUUGGGAAGUCCCUUAACUGUUCUAAACGCCAGUUUUCUCAGCAGCAAAAUGGGGGUGAUGCCGUCUACCCACAGGAUUGUGGGAAAAUGAGAUAAGGCAGGAAAUUGGGGGCUAGCUCCACACAGGGUGACACGUUUACACGGAACAGGUGGAAUGUGGGUGUCCCCACCCCUUUUUGGAAGGUCCUGAACCUCAGCUGCUUGCUCCUGCUCCUUGGCCUGACCCUAUGACCCUGAUCCUGGCCCCAGCUUAGGACACUGAGGGGAAGCCCCCAAAUCUUUCAGUGGGAAGUCACAGUCAGUCCUUAAUCCCCACUGCCCUGGUGACAUUGCCCAGUGGCUUAGCAGAACUGGUCAGGGCCAGUUGGGUCUGAAACCUACUGCCAGCAGAGCAGGGAAGGCUGGGGGAGAGAGAGAAAGCCAGACUGCACAAGUGUCCGGUCCCUUUAGGCCGGGUAUCUGGUAGGGCACCUGUGUGCCCACCUAGGGUUCUGGACCUGUGAUUUGCUCUGUGUGUUCCUGUGGCAGGAGCUGGGGUGAUCAUUCCAGAACUCAAGUCUGUCCCUGCCAGGCCUCUGUUUAUCCCCCUACUGGCUGCCCAUUGCAAUAUGCCAGGGUCUUUGCAAGUCGAAUCUAGAACUCUAGGGUGUAUCUCCUGCCCUGCCCACAUCAUGCUGUCUACUCUUGCAGCUCAAGCUUCUACUUGUGACCCCCCCCCCCUCCCCCCCCCCCACCCCAGCUCUGUCUGUCCAGCCCCGCGUCUUUGCUCAGCCGUCCCCCUGCCAGUCCGCCCUUCCCUCACUUCUUUUGCUCAGGACUCAAUUCAAGUUCCAUGCCCUCCAGAAACUUUCCAGAAACUCAAAAACAGAUUAGGUGCUCCUCCCCUGGGCUUCCAAAUGCCUGGGACGACUUCAUCCCCUCCCCUGUCGGCCCUUAGGGCUGUUACCUGGUCUGAUCACUCUGCAAGGAUUCUAGCCACUAGGCUGGUGGCUCCUGGAGGGCAGGGGCCACACCUUAUUUAGUUCCCAACCUUACAGACUUCCAGUAGAAUUGCCCAGUGAAGAGGCCCAGGGUGGAGCUUUGACAUCCUGGUGCUGGCUGCAGACCCUGUGAGCUGAAGUGUGGCCGGGAACAUCAGUACAGCCUCCCCUGGGCGUCCCUGGAAAGAAAGGCUGUUCCUGGGAUGAUGGGCCCUGGGCAGGGGCCCCUGUGGAGAGGGGACUGCUCACCGGGUCCCUCUCCCCACCUCACCCCACAGUUGCCCCUGUCUAGCAGCCACCUGAACGUGUACAGUGGUGACCCCCAGGUCACAGCCUCCCUGGUGGGCGUCACCAGCAGCUCCUGCCCCGCUGACCUGACCCAGAAGCGAGAGCUUACAGAUGCUGAGAGCCGGGCCCUGGCCAAGGAGCGGCAGAAGAAAGACAAUCACAACUUAAUUGAAAGGAGGCGGAGGUUCAACAUCAAUGACCGCAUCAAGGAGCUGGGAAUGCUGAUCCCCAAGGCCAACGACCUGGACGUGCGCUGGAACAAGGGCACCAUCCUCAAGGCCUCAGUCGAUUACAUCCGGAGGAUGCAGAAGGACCUACAGAAGUCCCGGGAGCUGGAGACCCACUCUCGGCGCCUGGAAAUGACCAACAAGCAGCUCUUGCUCCGCAUCCAGGAGCUCGAGAUGCAGGCUCGUGUGCACGGCCUCCCCACCACCUCUCCAUCGGCUGUGAAUAUGGCCGAGCUGGCCCAGCAGGUUGGGAAGCAGGAGCUGCCCAGUGAUGAGGGCCCGGGGGAGGCCCUGCUGGAGGCCGAGGUCCCGGAUCCUGAGCCACUGCCGGCUCUGCCCCCCCAGGCCCCGCUGCCCCUGCCGGCCCCAGCCACCCAGCCACCCUCCCCAUUCCACCACCUGGACUUCAGCCACGUGAGCUUUGGGGCGGGGCGAUGAGGGCCCCCAGGCUACCCCGAACCUUUGGGGCCAGAGCACAGCUCCCCGUUCCCACAACCUGUCCAAGAAGGAUUGGACCGCAUGCUCCUGGACGAACACCUCACUACUGCUACCGCGGGCUCCGACCCUCUCUUCUCCACCAUGUCCCCGAGGGCCUCCAAGGCCAGUAGCCGCCGGAGCAGCUUCAGCAUGGAGGAGGGCGACGUGCUGUGACCCUGGCUGCCACCAUGCUGGGGAACGGGGGCAGGCCUGGGGGCUGGGAGGCCCGGGGCCCGCCUCCCUCCCACCCUUUGGGCUGCACUGUGUGUGAGGUAGCAAACGGCCUGCCUCACUCCUUCCUGUCGGCCCCUGUUUGGACUUAGUGCCGCUUGGCAGCCUGUGGGGGUCAGCGAGAAUCAACCCCCCCCCCCGGCCUGCUCAGUACUCCCAGGGACAGCCUUCUUGAUGGGGUUGGAAGGAACAGGCCUUCAGCCUGGCUCCUGGAGGUGAAAUCAUGAGGGGAAGGGAGGGGACGGGUGUGCUAGAGGUAAGAGGAGGUCCUGGGUGGGGUGGGGGGGGUUGUCUCAUCUUCUGAGUCUGAUCCCCAACCCCGCCGGUGAAGGAGGACAUGUUGGAGCAGGGGGCUCAGGAAGUUCCUUUUCUGAGGCAGCGACUGGUCCAGGGGUGUCCAGGCCUGCCUUUCUGGGACUCAGAUGGCAACAAGUCUGUCCUCCAGCCUGGCACCCCCACCCCCCCUUUGGUGCUAACAGCUCUCUACCGGGUGGUGUGAGGGCGGGGGGUGGCUGGACGAGGGGGCGCUGGGUUCAAGUUAGAGCGUGGGGUCACUGCUGGAAGAGCAGCUCCCCCCAGGCUCCCCACUUUGUGCCUUUAGUAAACACUGUGCUUUGUA